AUGGAUGUACCUAUGGUGUCAUUUCCGCAAUCAAUGGAUUUUCCACCAGAUCAAAUAGCAAUGGAUACAGCAGAGGUUGUUGAGAAACCCACCUCACAACCUCCAGAGUUAACAGGACCUCAGAGUGGAAGGCAUGAAGAAUUUUCAGUUGAAAAGGUUUUAGAUAGAAGAGUUAAAAAUGGAAAAGUUGAAUAUCUUCUAAAAUGGAAAGGAUACUCAAAUGAAGAUAAUACUUGGGAACCUGAAGAUAACUUAGAUUGUCCAGAACUGAUAUCUGCUUAUGAAGAAGCACGGUUAAAGAGAGAGCGGGAAGCUCCAGCUCCAACAGAGGCUGUUGAUGAAGGUCAAACAACAAGGAAGCGGACAAAGAGAGGUGAUAAGAAGAAAAACAGAUUAGAGGAGAUAGAAAAACCCAGAGGGCUAGCUAGGGGUCUGGCUCCAGAAAAAAUCUUGGCUGGACAACUUUUCCAUGGAACUCUUUUUUUUUUAGUUCAAUGGGAAAACUGUACUGAAGUGGAUGUAGUCCCAGGCCAUGACCUAGGUCAAGCUUUCCCUGACUUUGUGAUACGGUAUUAUGAGUCUUGUGCACCAUUUAGUGUAAGACACCCAGUUGGCUUAGUGCCUAGGCCUGCCCCCGAGCUUCCAAUAGAAGAGCCAGAACCGAAUACCGAUGCCCCAAUGGAGGUCAAUGAACCCGCGCCCGAGGUUAAUGACCCUGUACCUGAGACGACGGAACUUCCUGCAGAAACACAAGAAACACAACCAAUUACGGAAAGUGAAUCCCAACCGUUAGAAGUUCCAGUAAACUGA